AAGUCUCUAAGGUGUUAGAAGCCGAUGAUACACCCUGUCAUUUACCGAACACGCUACCGCAGUGUUUUUGCUCUGUGCGAUCCUUUUGAAUUCAUUUGCGCUCUGGGAGUAGCAUUGUUACAGGAUGGACUACUUUUUUUUUUUUUUCUCCUCUCUCUUCUUUCCCCCAACCCUGCCUGAAAAUGACCAGCCUGGACCUUGUUGGUAUUUUUUAGCAGCCUCCAAGGCAUUUCUAUAGUGGAAGCAUCCGCAAUCUUGCCACAGAAACUUUAAUGUAGAAGUGCAGCUAACAGAGUGUGUCGCUGUGGGAUCGGUUGCAGGAUACCUCGUUCUACCAGGGUUCUGCCGGUCACCUUCUCAGCGCAAACUCAGCUUAAUGAAGAGGAGUUACUUUAACUGAAAUACAUUUAACUGGAGAAAACAUCACUGUCCAAAGAGAGCCACCUCUAACCACCCUGAGUUCUCUGCACAGUCAUGGGAGAAGGAGGGACUGCUGACUAUGGGACAUUCCCAAGGUGUCUGACUGACACUGCUCUGCUCUUCAGUAGCAAGUCAGCAAAAACGGGUGCUCAUUACAGACCUGGGGACCCUAUUGUUCAGAGGAAGAAAAUUUCAGGCUGAUGGCAAUGUCUCACUGGGCCAGUCUCCUCUCCACUGCUGCCAAAGUCAACCUGCUGGUCUUGGUGGUUUCUGUGGUGUUUUCCCAGUCAAGCCUAAGCGACAGAGCUCCUGAGUUUGCCCUUACAAAAAUAGAAGAGAGCGACAUAAAAGAUGACAGUGGGAAAGAGCCGAUAACAGAAGAUGAUGCUGAUCCUGAAGACCUGGAAGUGUUUUACCCCACACAUCAGUGGCAAACCAUCCGUCCAGGUCAAGCUGUUCCUGCAGGGUCACACGUACGAUUAAAUCUGCAGACGGGAGACAGGGAAGCCAAGCUCCCAGAUAGCGAAAAUGGAAGGAGUGACACGAGAGAAGAGAGAAGAAGAAAAAGGCUCGGCAAGGUGGAUGUUGACUCAAAUUCAUUCACGGCCCAGGAGCUGAAAAAAGCGUUGGCUAAAAUGAAGGAGAAUGAAAAGGCAGAAAGAAAGGCCCACGAGGAAGAGGUGAGGAAGAAGUUUCGGCCCAUAGAGCAGCUGAAGGAGGAGUUUGAAAAGCUGAACAUGAAGAUGGAAACAGACUAUGAAAUUAUGGUUAAAUUAAUCAGCAAAUUCAACAGCUCUGCCUCCACGCUGGAUGAAAAAGUAGCGGCGCUUUAUGAUCUUGAAUAUUAUGUUCACCAGGUGGACAAUGCUAAGGACUUCCUCUCCAUGGGUGGACUCCAGCUUGUGAUCGAUGGGCUGAACAGCACCGAGGCCACACUGAAGGAGCAUGCUGCCUUCGUCCUGGGAGCUGCACUGUCCAGCAACCCCAAAGUCCAGAUAGAAGCAAUUGAAGGGGGUGCGCUGCAGAAGCUCCUGGUUAUUCUGGCUACGGAACAACCCCUGGCUGUCAAGAAGAAGGCUCUCUUCGCGCUGUCCUCCAUGCUGAGACACUUCCCCUACGCCCAGCAGCAGUUCCUCAAGCUGGGCGGCCUCCAGGUCCUCAGGAGCCUCUUCAGGCAGAAAGGGAUGGAGACCCUCCAUGUCCGUGUGGUGACGCUCCUCUACGACCUCAUCGUGGAGAAGAUGCUGCUUGAGGACUCGCAGCACGGAGAUCAAAUGGAAGAGAAAAUCCAGCAGUACCGGCAAGUCAAGCUGGUCCCGGCGGUGGUGGAGCAGGACUGGUGCGUGGUCGUUUCCAACCUGCUGGCCAUGCCGGAGCACGACACUCGGGAGAAGGUCCUUAAGAUGGUCAGCGUGCUGAUGGCCUUCUGCAAGGAGCGCUACCAGGGGGACCAGGCCCUCAGCACCACCCUCAGCCUCCUGCGCAGCGAGUACGAGGAGCUGGCGGCAGAGGAGCAGAGGGAAGGUGACAAAGAGGGCUAUUUCAAGGAACUCCUUGGCUCUGUAAAUACCAUCAUUCAGGAAUUAAGAUGAAAAGAACUGUAGAUUCAGUUCAGUUCCAGAUAAUUCAGGGCAACAGCGUGAGUUUUGAUGGCACCAGUGUAAAUGCACUUUUGAAUAAACUGCUGGACUAAAUGAGA